AAUUUUGUUUAUUUAACUCGAUAAGACUUUAUCAGACUGAUAAAGUGAAACAUAAAAAGGAAUUGGUGGAUUUGAUUUACGAGUGGAAUAGUGAGAUAAUAUAUUUUAUUACACAUUGAAAAUCAUUAAAAUAAUAAUUAGUAUUACACUUAAGACAACGUAUAACACUUUGAAAGAGUGUAUUAAAUUUAAAAGUUAUGGAACAAUUUAUUAAAACUGAAAUAAAAGCCAUCGUGGCUGAAGGUGCGUUCGGUAAAAAUUGUAACUUAGUGUCGUUCAAAGUGUAUAAUGAUAUUAUUGAAAAAAAGGAGUGGAAAUAUAAUGCAAUAUUUGGGGAUAUCGUCACAUCAGACGAUAGCUAUUACUCAGUUUUGAUCAAAUUAAAAAAUCGAGAUAAAAUGAUACGUGACAGUUUUGAAUGCGAUGUACUAUUUCAUAAUGAAUUAUACUUUUAUGAAUAUAUCAUCCCAUUCUUUUUAGAGUGUCGUGGUCCUUUGGUAAAUAAUGUAAAUGCUUUAUCAUUACCACGGUUUUUUUAUGGCCGUAACAAAGGAGGUGAGUUAGCGGAAGAGGAUCUUAUUGUUUUCGAAAAUGUUAAUACCUUAGGCUACCGCUUUAGCGAAGAACAGCUGUUCAUAGAUAAGGAUCAUUUAAUUAUUGCACUUCAGGCUAUUGCAAAGUUUCACGGACUAUCGUACAUAGCCAAACACAAAAACGCCAACAGAUUUCGCGACAUCGUCGCCGACGUGCACGACCUACAGUUCGACGGUAACGGUCACUGGAUGGCACAGAACGAUCUGUUGAAGAGGAUAGGCAAACGCGGCGUGGAUCGACUGCUGGAGCGCAGCGGUGAACGGUAUCGGGAUCACGACCAGUUGCGACGGUUGAACGAGCUGUUCGACGACACUGCGAGCACGCUGCGGUUGGCGUUGAGCGUCCGCGAACCGCUGUCCGUCCUGUGCCACGGCGAUUAUUGCCACGGGUCCGUGAUGUUCCAGUACGACGAGUGCGGAUGUCCGUUCGACGCGCUCAUCAUGGACUUCUUCGACAUGCGCUACGGGUCGCCCGCGCUGGACCUAUCGUUGUUCCUGUACGCGACCACCGCGCAGCGAACGCGCCGGACGCACUGGGACGAAUUGUUGGACGCGUACUGUGCCGCUCUCGCGGCCGCAGUUCCUUCCGGCGUCUUUGUCCCGGAUCGCGCCGCACUUGACGCCGAGAUGGCCGCUUCCGCCGUCGUCGGAUUCGCCAGCGCGUCGUUCAUAUUGUGUUACAAACUGCGGGACAACAGCGACCCGUUGUUAGACUCGAUUGCGAACAGCGACGACCCGGUGGAAUACUUUUUGGCGUUGGGCGGUGAUGAGGGCACCGAGUGUAUAGCCGACCUGGUACAGCACAUGAUCGACAUGGCUUAUACACAGCCUUGUAAAGUACUUGCAGGGUAAAAAGUAUUAGAAUAAUUUUUAUAAACUUUAAAUAUACAAGGCCAAACCAUAUAAAAAUAUAUAUGUAUAUACAUACGUAUAUACCCAACAUUUUAACGUGGUAUUUAAAAUAUUUUUAAAAACCUUAAACAAUGUACGAUAAAAUAUUGAUUUUCAAUUUUUUUCUUCUAAUUUCAUAUACCUUUUUGUUAUUUUUGAUUUAAUAUAACAUUAAAAAAAACUCAAAACAAUGAUGUGCAUAAUCAUAAAAAAAUAAAUAUAUAAAUAUAUAAUAUAAUAUCAUAACAAUUUUUAGAGGCUUUUUUUUAUUAUUUGCUAUUAUUACUGUAUAUAAUUAUAGUAGUAGUAGUAUGAUAUAUAAAUUCUUAAAUUAUUAAGAAUUUAAUAUUGUUAAUAAAUAAUGGAGAUUAUUAUACAUGGAGAUUAAUUGAACCACCCACCAGAGCCAUGUAGCAGAGAUUUCAAAUGUGUCGAAAUCGAUUAUCAACAAUCAGAAUUAUAACUUCUAAAAGUGACCUAAAUAAGUAUAAUUCAGUUUUUACAUUAUAUACCGGAAUGACGAAUUAAUUUGGAAAAGAUACAAAAAAAAAGGUUACAAUUAUUACAGUUGCCAUGAAAACCAAACAUUAACAAAUAAAUAAGUAUUAUUUUAAAAAUAUAUUAUAAAAUAUCCUAUGAAAUAUGGGCUAUACUAGACCAUCUCUAUUCAGAAUAAUUUUUCGUAUAUAACAUUAUAAGAUUUUUACGUUCUGAUAAUUAUUAUUAUCAAAAUAUUUACAUUUUGUAUUUCUACGGUCCAUUAACAAAAUGGUUGAAUUAUCGUUCAAAUCUAUUUUUAAUUAAUAUUUUUUACGGAUAUGUAUCAUUAUUUUAUGAGCAAAAGCACAGUGAUUGUAUUUUUAAUAAAAACUAUUCACUUUAAAAUUCAAUAAGAUAGUGUAUACAUAAUUUAUGUAUUAUACUUAGUUUUUCAGGUGCAAAUGUGUACAGAAAAAUAACCUAACAAUAAAUUAUUAUAUCACAUUUUUAUACAACAUAAAUAUAUCUAGGCAUUAUUUUAUCACUUUUACUACUUUGAUAUAUUUGU